GCGGGCCUUGUUGCUGUGAGGGAGGCGGAGGCGGCGGCGGCGAUGUCGGUGCAGGUGGCGGCCCCGGCGGUGGAGCUGAAGGAGCUGAAGGAGCUGAGCGGCCCCAUGGAGAAGGGCUGCGAUGCGGCGGGUGUCCCACACCCCUCCCCGGGGGUUCCGUGUUCUGGAACGGAACGAGAAGCGGCCACGGCGGCUGAGAGGCCCCCACCGGGAGCCGUGAAGGUGCCUCAGGCCUCGGCCAUGAAGCGGAGCGACCCCCACCACCCUCAACACCGGCACCGAGAUGGGGGGGUCGGCGUGGGGGGGGCGGCGGAUGGCGGAGCGGCGGCCGAAGCGCUGGUCAGCCCCGACGGGACCGUCAGCGAAGCGCCACGUACCGUUAAGAAGAUCCAGUUUGCUGACCAGAAGCAGGAGUUCAACAAGCGCCCGACGAAAAUCGGCCGCCGCUCGCUGUCCCGCUCCAUCUCACAGUCGUCGACAGACAGUUACAGCUCAGCUGCCUCCUACACCGACAGCUCCGACGAUGAGACCUCCCCGAGGGACAAGCAGCAGAAGAACUCCAAAGGCAGCAGUGAUUUCUGUGUGAAAAACAUCAAACAGGCGGAAUUUGGGCGUCGAGAGAUCGAAAUUGCUGAGCAAGAAAUGCCCGCACUGAUGGCGUUGAGGAAGAGAGCUCAGGGAGAGAAGCCGCUGGCUGGGGCCAAGAUCGUGGGCUGCACACACAUCACAGCCCAGACAGCGGUCCUGAUGGAGACCCUGGGUGCGCUGGGGGCCCAGUGCAGGUGGGCUGCCUGCAACAUCUACUCCACGCUCAAUGAAGUGGCUGCUGCCCUGGCUGAGAGCGGAUUCCCCGUCUUUGCUUGGAAAGGAGAAUCUGAAGACGAUUUCUGGUGGUGCAUCGAUCGCUGCGUCAACGUCGAGGGGUGGCAGCCCAACAUGAUUUUGGAUGACGGAGGAGAUCUCACUCAUUGGAUCUACAAGAAAUAUCCCAACAUGUUCAAGAAGAUCAAGGGGAUCGUAGAGGAGAGCGUCACCGGAGUGCACAGGCUCUACCAGUUGUCCAAAGCAGGGAAGCUUUGCGUCCCAGCCAUGAAUGUCAAUGACUCAGUGACGAAGCAGAAGUUUGACAACCUGUACUGCUGCAGAGAGUCCAUCUUGGACGGCCUGAAGAGGACAACGGACAUGAUGUUUGGAGGGAAGCAGGUGGUGGUGUGUGGCUAUGGGGAGGUGGGCAAGGGCUGCUGUGCGGCGCUGAAGGCCAUGGGCUCCAUCGUCUACGUGACUGAGAUCGAUCCCAUCUGUGCCCUGCAGGCCUGCAUGGAUGGAUUCCGGCUUGUGAAACUCAACGAAGUCAUCAGACAGGUGGACAUUGUCAUCACCUGCACAGGCAACAAGAACGUGGUGACCAGGGAGCACCUGGACCGGAUGAAGAACAGCUGCAUUGUCUGCAACAUGGGGCACUCCAACACCGAGAUCGACGUGGCAAGCCUGCGCACACCCGAGCUGACCUGGGAGCGGGUGAGGUCCCAGGUGGAUCACGUCAUCUGGCCAGACGGGAAGCGAAUAGUGCUGCUGGCAGAGGGCCGUCUGCUGAACCUGAGCUGCUCCACAGUGCCCACCUUCGUGCUGUCCAUCACCGCCACCACGCAGGCUUUGGCUCUGAUAGAGCUGUACAAUGCUCCUGAGGGCCGCUACAAGCAAGACGUGUACCUGCUGCCUAAGAAAAUGGAUGAGUACGUGGCGAGCCUUCACCUGCCGACAUUCGACGCGCAUCUGACAGAGCUCACGGACGAACAGGCCAAGUACCUGGGGCUGAACAAGAACGGGCCCUUCAAACCCAACUACUACAGGUAUUAAGUUCCUGCCGCUGUAGCCAUGAGGAACAGAACCCAAAUCCUUUCUCAACUACUGUACAGGAUGAAGCAGCGCAAGCUUGCUACGCUCAAGCCAGGCUUGCUCUCGUAGUAGACCGUGUGUUAGGUUAUUUAUUUAUUGAAUUAGAGUUCUGUGCGCGGCUCUGCCUCGUGUUCGUGCUGCCGCGAACUGGGAGACGCUCCGUUUCUUCCCCUUCAUUUCGUUUCUCUCUUUUUGGUCGUUCCCAUUCGGGGUUGUGUGAGGAUGAGGGCGAGGAAGGAGCUGAUGGGGUGGGGACUCCCCGGCGCUGCGCUGCUGCUCCGUUCCCAGUGCCAAGCUUUGCCGUGAACCAAAGUUUCCUUCCCUGCUGCUCUGGAUCACAGUUGGAGCGCCACGGCUGGCAGCAUCCAGGCUGGUAGCAUCCACGUGAGACCCUCUGCAGCCUCAGUGGGGACGCGCCGAGUCUGAUUUCCCACUGAUGUUUCUCCAUCAGAUCCACCAAACCCCCCUGUAUGGAGGAGCCGCCUGCACCUCGAUGGUGCUGAGUUGGGAACUGAUAAUUGCGCGGUGCCGAACCGCAAUGCCUGGAGCCGACGGAGGUUGGCCAACUGUUGGCUGUAGAGCAGGGAGCUCCAGGUGGUGUCUCAGCACCCCAUGUCCUGCAGGCACCGCUCCAUCUUCAGCCUCUGGUUGCCUCGCGGUGUCCUCAGCGCCGCUCACGCACAAGAAAGGAACUGUGGACCCGUGGCCACGUCCUGCAGCAAACAAACAGUUCUCCCUCCUGCAGAACUGUGCCCAGAUAGGAGGUUUUGGGAAGAGUCCACGGAGCUGCUGGAGGUUUUACUUUGGGGGCAGCACUGGGCUGAGGAUCCCCACACCGAGUGUCCCUGCGUUGAGUGCUCCUAUGCUGAGCUGCCCAACACUGUGCAGCCCUACAUGGGUCAGUUUAUCAAUGCUGAGCAUCUACACAUUGAGCAUCGCAGCCAUGAGCUCAGCACCCCAACAAUGAGCUCAGCACCCAACAUGGAGCUCAGUACCUCAACAUGGAGUUCUGGAUCCCUGCAUGGAGCUGAGCACCCCAGCCAUGAGCUCAGCACCCAACAUGGAGUUCUGGAUCCCCAUAUGGAGCUCAGCACCCAACAUGGAGCUCUGGAUCCGCAUAUGGAGCUCAGCACCCAACAUGGAGCUCUGGAUACCCAUAUGGAGCUCAGCACCCAACAUGGAGCUCUGGAUCCCCACAUGGAGCUCUGGAUUACCACAUAGAACUCAGCACCCAACAUAGAACUCAGCACCCCAACAUGGAGCUCUGGAUCCCCACAUGGAGCUCAGCACCCAACAUGGAGCUCAGCAUCCCAACAUGGAGCUCUGGAUCCGCACAUGGAGCUGAGUACCUCAACAUGGAGCUCUGGAUCCCUGCCUGGAUCUCAGCGCCCAACACAGAGCUCAGCUCCCCACACUGAGCUCAUCGCUGCCCCAGGAUCAUCUCUCCCGGCAGCUGUGCCUAUUUCUAAGCCCUGAUUUACCUUCAUUUACCUUCCAGGUGAUGGGACAAAAAUAAUAACAAUAAAAGAAAGACACCCCCCCCCCCCCCCAAACGGCCUCACCUUUUCCCACCUGUAUUUUUAAAGCUCUUCUCCGUGUCAUUCUGCUUCUUCUCCUGUCAGCUUUUCCGCUUGCUUGGCUUUUCCUAAUCAAUCUGGAAUUAUAAUAUUCUGUGAUCAUCUCUAAAUUAAAACGUGUAAUUUUUAUUUUAAUUUUUUUUCUUUUUUUCUUUUUUUUAACGUUUUUAAAGAUUUAGGAAAAGGAGAUUUUAGGGAACACCAGCAAAAUCAUGUUAAGGAGAAUAAAUCAGUUGAGAUCUUUAGAAACAAAUGAGACAAAACCCAUCAUGGUUGGCUGCGGAGAGGGCAGCAAAACUUGGAGAACAUUUUCAAAAGGAUGUUUUAAUUAUUGAUGUCUGAGUGAUUGUAUUAGAGCAGCAAUAAAGACUCUGUAAUCUCGAAACAGAAAUAAAAUGUUGGAAAACCGA